UGCCUUAUCAUCCCAGCCCCUGCUGCAACCCGUGGUUAGUUCUCCCCUUGACCCUGCAGGACUCAUUUUAAGGAAACCACCAGCUCCUUGGGCUCCUCACUAUGGCUGCUGCUCCCCUGGUUCACCCUUCCACACUUAUCUCGGAAUUACCUGGUUACUACAGGGAUGAGAACCAGAGACUCUGGAUGGUAGUAGGCCUGGGAAUUACUCCCGAUCAUCCAAGUCAUAUCAUGCCUCGAGACUCUAUCGUUGUCAAGUUGGGGCAUGUGGGCGAAUGCUGCAAGGAACUCCUGACCCGCUUCUUCCCAAGUUUUACAUGUCUCCCCAGUGGGUGGCAGACACAUUCUAUGUUUUUAUACAUUGGGGCAGACUUAAGCAUCUGGAAAUUAGUGGACCAUUACCACAUUGGAGACAGAGCAAACCUCAUCCUACUGAAGGAGCCCAAACUUGGUCUCCAGUCUAGCGGUGCCUCGGCAUGGCAGCCCUGACCGUCAGAUAAUCUGCUUUCAUGAGCCUGGCUGUCUAUGUCCUAAGCCUUCUCACUUCCUGGGUACAGCUGUGACUUUCUUGUCUCCUUUUGCCUCUGAUGCUGACCUCACAGACCAUUCUUCUAAAGACCUCUCAUCCAUGUGAACCCCUCCCCUGGCCUCCCAGUGCAGCAUGCCCCUCGGGUGACUCUGAUCUGGAGGUGCCUGUGGAGCAGGUAUGGAUGGGGACUCCAUGCCCUAUGGAUCUCUGAGCUACCAAUGCUGGCUGGAAGUUGACCUGGUGCUGGGCAGAGGACUCUGUGCUCCGUGCUUGAAGGCACAAUGGGAUGUGCACAGGGGCAUCUGGUCACUUCUCCCACAUGCUCAGGACUUGGCUCCCAGAAGUGAUGCUGAACCUAAUCCCACCCCAAACUUGUUUUUAACUAAUUAAACUUCACUGCUUUUACUUAA